CACUUCAUGAAGCGAUCAGCUCAGCACUUCCGACAGCAGCUCUCGCUACUACUCUAUCACAGCCUCAGCAGCGCGUUUUGUCGCUGAAGGGAGCCACAUGUUGCGGAAUCAAGACACGUGAGCUGACUCGAGCUGUUCCGCAACGAAAGACUCCACUCAAAACAGCAUGACUUCAAGCGUCGACGCCUCUUGACACCCUGAAGCAUGUCGGCAGGCUCGAGCGAUCAAUCGGGUUGAGAGGGUCCCCAUCGUGGCAUGACUUCCAACUUGUUGAGACUCACUUGGAACUGGAUUUUGCAGCGACGUAGCCCUGUUGGUGCUUGAUCCUCAGUCCAGCAAUGUCUGCGCCAUUCGGUGCUCUGCCUACAGGCUCACUGAUAAUCAAGGCUUCCUGCGAUGAGAGGCUCAAGAGGCUGGCAUUUGGCCCACCGCUCGAGGCCCUCAGACAUGCAGAAGUGAGGGAACGCUUGGCGGAGAUUUUGCAGCUGGACGAUGCUACAACUUUCGCAGUAUGCUGGAACGACGACGAUGGCGAGACGUGCGAGAUUGAAUCAGAUGCCGAUCUGCGAGAAGCUCUCAUCUAUCACGCCCCUUCAGAUCCUGCGAGGUUACACGAGACGGUGACCAUCCGCGUCGUGGUCCGCAUCGACGCCACCAUCGACUUCAGCGACUUCAGCAGCAACUCUUCAGCUUUUGCCGCACCGAGGAGUACGGGAUCUGCGAGCCUUGCAGGAAGCUUCUAUCGCCCGCCUCCUCCACCUUCGCCGCCUUCAUUCUUUGCAAAUAGCGAGGCAGACGUGGAUGAGGACGAAGCCAGAAGCGCGUGGGCUAGUACAUCAGCGGGGAGUAUCGUAAACAAAGCCCCUUCUACAUCGUCGGCGUCAGAUUGGAGCUACGUCGAUCAAGACCGCGAGGAGCGAGAUUCUUCAUCCCUCGCUAGCUGGUCUCGCGACGGCGCAUCCACUGACUAUGCGCUUCAAAGCGGUUCAUCCAAUGACAGUGCGAUCGAUGUCCUGGAGGCGACUUGGGAAAGGGCGCGAAACGGACGAGCGCAGCAGCCUGGCCCGGCAUCGAAUGGCCUGGACCUGUUGAGCUGGCGAAAUGCGCUGCCUUCACGCUCCAGGUCAUCGUCCUCUUCAUCGGGCUCGGACGCGACGGAAGCCGGUCGUUCUCCGCGCUCCAACAUUGCUGCGCUCGAUGCCUUGAGGCUGCAGUCUCGUGCCCUGGCUCAAAGUGCAGGGCAAGCACCACACCUCGGAGUCACAUGUUCGACGUGUGGAAUCCAGCCAAUCAGAGGACCUAGAUUUCAUUGCACCGAGUGCCCCGAAGGCGUAGAUCUCUGCACGCCUUGCGAGGCAGCUUCCCAAUUCACUAGCGCAGCCAGUCACUCUGCCUCGCAUGCAAUGCUCAAAGUACUAACGCCAAUCAGCUCUGUCAGUGUAGCUUCGGCGCUUGGGACUGCACUGAUGUCUACCCAGCAGCGAUUGUACGCCGAAGCAGCCUCUGCGGGAGUGCGUCGAGCCCCUCCAGCCUUUCAGCAGAGCUUUGACGCAGCAGGCAAUGAGCUGCGCGUGCCGGGAGAGUGGAACAGUGCGAAUUUCGCACGCGACACGUCAGCUACGUGCGAUUACUGCAAUGGCAAUCUGGAAGAUGUGCGCUUUCUGUGCGCAAAUUGUCCCCUCCAGAUCAAUAACGGCGAAGGUUACAAUCUUUGUCAGACUUGCGAGAGACACUCAUUACAGUGCCACGACCCAGCUCAUUUCUUCUUGAAGAUCAGGAUACGUAGAGGACAGCCCGCGCAACUCAGGCUCGAUGCCCACAUGCACGAUUUCCGGGAAGCCCUCUUGCCGAUGCUGUACAAGGAUUUGGUCGGAGACGAGUCCGCGUCCUCUGCAGGCAGUAGCAGUGGGGCGAGCAAUACGAUUUUGAACUACAGAAUGGCUCGAGAACUUUUUGCUCGGGGGCAGAGAGACGCUCCAUCUGCCAACGCGCAAGCAGCCGGGCCCAACGCAUCUCCUUCGACGACGCUAGUGCCAUUUGGACAGCGUCAAUUGCCCGACUUGCCCGGCUCAAUCCGGGCGCGCAUAGGCCACUGGGGAAGACAGCUUCGAGACGAGUAUGAGCUUCGUCAACUCGUCCCGGCCGGCUUUGGGUCAACAAAUUCUCCUGGAGAUGCUGCAAUGGUGACAAAGAGGCAAAAUUUGGUCCCCGUCGAGAGUUUGGUGCACCCUUCGACGAUGUGCGAUGGCUGCUACGAGGUGAUUUCUGGACCCUGGUUGCGAUGCUGCAACUGCCCAGCAAGUUACGACGUUUGCGAAGCCUGCGAGGCUAGGCUGGGCCACAAUCCUAGGCACGCCUUUGCCGUCUUCAAGCAACCUCUGGAUUUGGACUUGUUCAGAUCGGCAGUAGAUAUGGAGGACAACAGAGCUAAUCGACCUCUGCUUCCCUUUCUCCUGACUUGAUGCCAUUGCUCUCAUUUGUACUUUACAACGUUUCUGUCUUCUCCCUUAAAAUCUGAGCUUUCUCGGCUGCACAACAUUUUCCGUUCCUGCCU